AUGCAAAGCCAGAGCUACGCACAAGGCACGUUGAUCUGGAUCAAGCACGAGGAGGAGGUAUGGAUCCAGGCAGAGAUCGUCACUGCCAACGACAAAGAGAUCAUUGUCAAGACAGCAGAAGACCCAAACAGCAGGAUCGUAUUGGGGCCUCACGAGCCCAUUUUCCUCAGGACCUCAGAUGUUUUCACGUCUGAGGGCCUUUCAGUGCUGGAUGACCUGUGCCAGCUGACGCACCUCCACGAGCCGGCAGUGCUCAGCUCCUUGCAGAACCGCUUCGACAUUGACAAGAUCUACACCUUCACGGGCCCCAUCCUCAUCGCGCUCAAUCCCUUCAAGAGCAUACCUGGUCUUUACGAUGAGGAGGUCCUCAGGAGCUUCAUGACCACCAAGCCCUCCAGCAAGCCGCACGUCUUCAACACCUCGAACGCCACCUACCGCGGCAUCUGCGACCGGCGGAAGAGCCAGACGGUUCUCAUCAGCGGCGAGUCUGGAGCUGGAAAGACGGAGACAACGAAGUUCGUGAUGAAGUUCCUGGCUAUGGCCGGGGCUGCCGACGGGCAGGUGACCAGUGUGGAGAAGCAAGUCUUGGAGUCGAACCCUUUGCUCGAAGCCUUUGGCAACGCCCGAACACUGAGGAACGACAACUCCAGCCGAUUUGGAAAGUUCAUCGAGCUGCAAUUUCGAACUUCCAGCCAAGAUGCAUCAUCCUUGGGCGUGGCCGGCGAGAAUUGCCGCCUCUGUGGUGCGCGCAUCCAGACCUACCUCCUUGAGAAGGUGCGCGUCUGCGACCAGCAGGAAGGGGAAAGGAAUUACCACCUCUUCUACGAGGCCUGCGCCGCUGCCGCUCUGGCCACCUCCGGCGACUACGCGUUUCCCCAGAGGCUCGCCAAAGGCAAGGUCAAGGAGGAGGUGACCCUCAACCUCGAGGGCUUCUCGGAGCUCACGAACUUCGCCUACCUCACGCGAUCUUCCUGUAAGUCCUUGAAGGACGUGGAUGAUGUGGAGAUGUUCGAGAGGCGGAUCCACGCCAUGCAGACCAUCGGGAUCCCGCACGACCAGGUGACGCAGAUCCUGCGCAUGGUCGCUGCGGUGCUCCACCUGGGCAACGUGAAGUUCGACGCGCCGCCCAACAACAGCGAAGGCUCCAUGGCCAUGGCGGAGUGUGACCGCUCCGUCGAGAUGGCCAGCAAGCUGCUGGGGGUCGAUCGCAAGUCUUUGGAGUCUGCGCUCUGCAGCCAGACGCGCGUCACACGCAGCGAGAAGAUUCGUAGCCCUGUGAACGUCCGACAAGCCGCGGACAACAGGGAUGCACUGGCAAAGGCGGUGUAUGGGAUCGUCUUCAACUUCAUUGUGCAGAGCACCAACAUGUCCAUCGGUUAUGUCGAGGACGUGAAGCUUUUCGCAGGCGUCUUGGACAUCUUUGGUUUCGAAUGCUUCAAGAUGAACUCCUUCGAACAGCUUUGCAUCAACUUCACCAAUGAGCGACUCCAGCAGUUCUUCAACUCUUUUGUCUUCAAGCUGGAGGAGCAGCUCUAUGACCGCGAAGGCAUCGAAUGGGAUCCGCUCGACUUCCCUGACAACCAGGAUGCUGUGGACAUGCUGCAAGCAAAGGGCACCGGGGUCUUCGCAAUUCUCGAUGAGGAGUGCGUUGUCCCCCAAGGCUCGGACCAGGGCUUCACCAACAAGCUGAUCAAGCAGCACCGAGGUCACCGGCGCUUUGACGAGAUCAAGACGAAGCCCUCGUGGUUUGUGAUCAAGCACUUCGCCGGCCCCGUGAGCUACUGUUCCGAUGGCUUCCUGGACAAAAACAAAGAUCAGCUCAGCAAUGACCUCAUCGAGUGCAUGGGGGCCAGCACGAAUGAGUUCAUUGUGAAGCUUUUCAGACAGGACGUGAAGUACGGGGAGGUGCUGAACAAGGACGAGUCUUCAGACACUGGGGCGGGCAAGAAGAAGAAGAAGUACACGGUUGGUUGCCAACUGGUUGCUGCAGUUGCGCAGGAUCAGCUCGCCUCACUGAUGGAUAUCGUUGACUUGACGGAGCCCCACUUCGUGCGCCAGGGGCUUCAGCUC